UCACUCCAAGAUCAGUGAAAAGUGGUUUCGCCUUUUUACCGCGUCAUUGAGAGCGCCAUAUUCUGCAUUGUUUUUUGAGCGCAGUUUUGCUUGGGUGAGCCUCUCGAAGACUCAAGUUAUCAUUUGUUUACAACACGUCUAGAAUUAUUCUGUCUACUAAGUAACAAGUCAUUUGAAUUUGAAUGCUGCUCCUCAAAAUAUUUAUUGAAUUUUAAGAAUUUACGUACAACAUGGAGGGUUUUAAAAACCUAACGGUCGAUCAAUUGAUUGCAAAGCUGGGCGACUUAGCAGAUGACGAAGAGACCAUCACAAUUUUAAGAACUCAACGGAUCAAUGGUAACGCAUUCAUCGAGUUAACAAAAGAAGACCUUCAAAUUAUGGGCAUCAAAAUAGGUCCUCAAAAAUUAAUAUUAAAAGUUUUGAGUUCCAUUAUGACGACAAGCUCUACUGUGAAUGAUUCGAUUAUUCAACCUCCUUCUUCAAGUAAUAAUAAUUCAUCAAUUGGAGUAAAACUAUUACUUCAGCCUGAACUUAGUACUUCUAAUACUACAGUAAUUGAUUCUACAAAAUUUUCGAAUAAUUCUACCAUUCGAGAAACACUUUCCAAAGAUAGUACCAAACAAGGACAAAAAUUAUUAAAAAUUUUGGAUGAUGAUACGCAAAUAUUCAGUGAAAAUGACCGUCGAUGCUUAGUGAGGAUUGUCGUCGCAGAUCUUGUAAAUGUUCACAAGGGUUGUUAUCCACCUACUCAAGCCAAACGCGCUUUGGCUCAAGCUUUAGUAACGGAAUUCCCGAGACUUAAAAACAAUGUUUCUGAAAACGGCUGGGAACAUUACUUUUCUUCGGAUGGUCAAAAAGGGUUUAUUGAAUGGCGUUUAAUGACUUUAAGGUCAAAAUUAAAACCACAUGAAAAGAAAUAUACGAAAUCAGCGGAAAAAAAAACUUCUAAAGGUCCGCCUAAACCUCUAAAUUCUGAUUUAGAAAAUUUUAACCGAGCAGAUAUGGAUCAAAAAGUAUCUACUUUAAAAUUAAAAAAUCCAAAUGAUACGAAUAAGCCUCUUAUUGUUUCAUUGAUGGAUGAAACCAGAGAAUUUAGACGUUACUGGAUUAACACAAAACAUCCAACGAUUACAGAAAUCUUCGAAGAGUAUCCACGUCUGCUUGAUUACAAUGGGGAGCUGAUUGAUCGGGAAUUCCAAGCAAUGUAUCCAAAAGUUGCUGAUAAUUUCAUUUCUUUAUUUCCAACAUCAUACAUGGAAAAAAUUUUAUAUUAUGUUGAAAAAAAUCGGACUGAUUUAUUUUCAAAAUCAUCUUUUAUCAAAGAUAGGAAUUUACGGGCAUUAUUAGUUCUUGUUGAACUACUGCCACUAUCUAAUGCUGCCAUGUCGAAAAUAAAUAAAGCUGAUCGUAAAAAAAAGGCAGAACAGCAGGAAAAAAUUGACUCAAAAGGAAAAGAGAAUCAAAAAGGAAAAAAAAGAGUAAAAAUUGGAUGA